AUGGAGAUAUCUCGUCGUGCGCGCCUGUCCGUCCACUCUGGCCAAUGCUGUGAUGUCAAUGUACAAUCCGGUUGCAGUGUCGAUCAGACGAGCGUCUAUAGCAUUGUUGCCGUUCCCACGAGCGCGGUCGUUGUAAUACGGACUAACGUCCAGAAAAUAGCUCCCAGAGCCAUCAACGUCCACAACAAGCGUCUGAUUGUAGUCACGUGCCAGACGGACCAAGCUGCUCUGUGUAACCUGGACGUCGAGGUCAGAGUCCCAGUCGAGCAUCAGGCCAUUGAACUGGAACCCGAGCAGCGUUCCGUGGGAGAUCCAGGUGUGGAUGUCAACAGCAUUCGAGAACCGCGUCCAGGUAGCCAUUAG